GUUGUUUUUCAAUCCUGAGUUGAUAUCUUCGUUUUCAUUACCCCACCCACCUUUGCGAGAAGCUCUCUGGGAUGAACUAAAAAUAAAUGUAUAAAUAAAUGUGCAGCAAAUAAUCGGCUUCUGGCAUCUAAGCGACAACAGCUGGAAAUAAAAAAUAUCAUUUGUUUUGUUAACUCGGUGCAAAGUGGCGAUAAUGGAGUGAAAUUCGUUGGACAAUUUGACAAAGUUGGUGUUCUGCUACGAUAAUCCACGGAUUGUCCCCUUUUAACCUUCCAGCAUCCGCGAAAUCUUUGCGAUGGGGAUGAAGAUUUUUCCCAUGGUCAAUCAGUGGAGCCAUACGAUACAUACACUGAAGCGAACAUAGGGCAUACAAGUAUGGACCAGAUAAAUCAGGGAUUCACAAUGAACAGUACGAAUCCAUCACGAGUUUCUCCUCCAAAAUCUACGAUAGACUCUACUCCGCUUCAGCCAGCAAUGGACAAGAACAAGGAGUCCCUGAAAGUAAAACUGUUGGUUCGAAGAUCUUUGAAUCAGUUAGUGGAGCAAGGAAUAAUGCCAUCCCCGAAGACAUCUCCCGCCAUUUAUGAGCAACAGCGACAACUUGAACGCGCCAAAACUGGAGACAUGCUCAAGGCCAAGAUCAAGCAAAGGCCUGACAGGAUGGAACUGGAACGAAGGCAUAUUUUAGAGCAUCAGGAAGGCAACAUCGAUCCCAGCCUUGCAGAGAAAAAGCGAAUGUUGGAGAAAGCUCUCUUAGUGGAUCAUCUCAAUUCCAAGAUAUCACAUCGGCCUGGUCCACUCGAACUCAUCGAGAAAAAUAUUUUACACGCAGAAGAACCCAUAGAAAGGAUAGUCAAGGAAGGCUUAGUCAACUACACCUCUACCGAUGAAGCAGUUUCACCAGCACAAACCCUACGAAGUCCGGAAAGUAUGAUAUGCAUUGAAGACGAUUCAUUGAGCUCGGAAGGUGAAACACAAAAUUUGCAACGUGUCACACCAAUCAAUGUUCUGUUACUCACGCAACCACAAAGUACAACAGUUUCUGCCGAUCCACUUAUUGGUACAUUCUCGGUUGGUGUCGGAACACCAAAGGUCUUGGAAACUGCAAGUUCUAAAGACAGCACCAUCUUUGCGCGACCUGAAACCUGUGUCAAAAAGGAAGGUACUGAACCGAUUACCUUCAAUAUAGUUGAAUGCAAUAAAAAAUCCUAUCCCAGCAGUAGUGUGGCAUCGGCAAAAAGUGACUUAAAAGAGAAAAGCAAAAAGAAGAACAAAAAUAAGGUAAUAUCCAAGACCAGGUCAAUCAAGUUUCAUGAAUACAAAGGUCCUCCUAAUGCUCAAAAACACAGUUCUUCGGCGCAUAACAGCGGUGAAACCAAUUAUCAGCUGAUAAUGAAACAACAGUAUCUACUAGAGUACUUGGAAGAAAUUUGCAAGCAUCCUCCAGCAACUUCGGGCAGCUCAAGUAUGUCCUUUUCAGUAACAUCGAGGGAAAAAGAUGCUAGUAUUGCGGCACAGGGAGGCGAUGCUCAGAAACUGCCACCGGAUCCAGCGACAGGAACUUUGAAUAAGCUUAAAGUUUUCCAGCUGAAGAGGUAUUGCAAGAAAUAUAAUCUUCCGGUAUCGGGUUCAAAAUCAAGCCUUAUCGAAAGAUUGAAACCUUUCUUGCACUUGAUGGAACAGACAUCUGAUUUUGAAGGCAAGACUGAGACAGAUAUAUCGACGAAUAGCAAUGCUUCCACUGAUUCGAAACCAGCGGAAGCUAUCGAUGAGCAAGUGCUUAAGGAACAGCAAAAACGAAUUGCUGAACUGCAGAUGCUUUUGAAGAAAAGUCAAGACGAGCUGGAACACAUGAAGAUGAUACAAUUACGUACGCCUCAAGAUUUUAACACCCAACCAGGAAGCUCGGGCAAUCUUGAGCAAAAAAUAGAACCCGAGACGUCGAAGGUUUACAAAAGCGAGGAGAUUAACAUUACUUCCUUGCAUACCGAUAAAAUGUUAUCUGAUAUGGACAUAAAAAUUACCGUUAGAAUUGACGCAGAUUCGCCAGACCCCACUAUUAAGCCUAAACUAGAACCGACAACUAUUCUAAGUGUCAUGGAUACUCCUAGUAGUAUACUGAACACCAAUAGUCCAAAACAGUGGAAAACGGAUGCUCUGCUCGAUUCGGUUGUAAACGAGGAAAGCAUGAUACAAUGCAAUUCAGUUCCUCACAGGACAGUUAGUUUCCCUUCAAACGCUGAUACCCUCGAUAAAUUGCUAGGGCAGGUCCAACCUGGUAUCCCCAAUUUGAACGAUAAUAAAGAGCAAGGCUUCAAAAUGCCUUUGGGCCCAAACACACAAAACGAUAUGUUGGGCAAUGAAGACGUGGAUGCGAAAUCGAUAACCGAUGAAGCUAUGCAUACUCCUUUAGUGCUUACUGACUACAACGAUGUAGACUUGCUUGACUUCCAUAUGCAGAUCGACGAUACCAGUGAUACCUAUACAAUACCCAAGUCGAUGGACAGUACUUUCCCCAGCAUGGACACGAAGGACCCAGACGACAGUAGCGCGAAUAUUAAUAAGAUGAACUAUGAAUCGGAGAUGAUUACAGGAAGCAACAACUCAAUAUACGACCGGGAUGAUGAUAAAUCCAAUGCUUUCAAUGAUUUUGACGGUCUACACUUUGUCAACAGCGGGUCCUACAAUGAGCUCUUCAAACUACAUCAUGCUGGUAUGAAUGUAGCACAAAGCCCAGCAGUAAAUCCGAAUAUGCCCGACUCCUAUCUAAAACUCAACCAUACAAAUGAUAUUAACGAUAAUUUCACAGCUAUCCCUGCCAACUCUGCUCUGAAUUGCUCUUUUGCUCAGAAGCAUUUAGAUCUUUCAUCGAGCUCGAAUGCAUCUAGCGUUAAGCGGUGCUGGAUGCCAAAUAAUGCUUUCUACGAUGUCAACAAGCUUAAGAUGAUUGCCUUAGAAAACCAGCAGCAUUGUGUGCAAUCCAAUCCCAACCACAGUGAAAUUAUGAACAUAGCUGAAAUGAAACAUAGUGAUGAUAGGUUUAGUUUUGAAGGUCAAAGUAAGGACACAUUGUUAAAUAGUACAUGCAAUAGUAGCACACACACGGGGCACAUCAGCCCGAUGGAUUUUGAUAGUCUGUUGUCGAAUAUAAAUUCACCUUUAUCUUCGCAAAAUUGUGAUCGUGGCGUACUUGAUGAGAAUCAGGACAAAACAUUGUAUGAUUUGCAACAAAAUAACUUACUUGACUACUUCACUGAUGAUUACGGUAUGCAUAAUGCAAUUCUUUAACAUGUGAAAUAGAUAACACUAGAUAUUAGCGAAAAACAUUAAA